AUGCCCUGGGGUACCGGAGUUCCGAGGUUGGUGUUAGUAUUAGGGGACCUUCACAUCCCACACCGGUGCAGUGGUCUACCGGUGAAGUUCAAGAAGCUGCUGGUUCCUGGAAAGAUUCAGCACAUCUUGUGUACGGGCAACCUCUGCACCAAGGAGAGCUAUGACUACCUCAGGACUCUGGCUGGGGACAUCCACAUUGUUAGGGGGGACUCUGAGAGCCUGAAUUAUCCUGAAGAGAAAGUAGUAACUGUCGGGCAGUUCAGAAUCGGGCUGAUUCAUGGCCAUCAAGUUAUUCCCUGGGGCGAUGUGGCCAGCCUGGCACUGCUGCAGAGGCAGCUGGAUGUGGACAUUCUCAUCUCAGGACACACGCACAGAUUUGAAGCAUUUGAACAUGAAAACAAAUUCUACAUCAACCCGGGAUCAGCUACAGGAGCCUACAGUGCUCUGGAAACGAACAUCGUCCCUUCAUUUGUACUGAUGGAUAUCCAGGCUUCCACCGUUGUCACUUAUGUGUACCAACUAAUUGAGGAUGAUGUGAAAGUAGAAAGAAUUGAGUUCAAGAAGUACUGAAGCGUGGUCAAACCUGCUUGUUGACUUCUCACGGCCUUUCAUUCCUUCUCCUUCCAGUUAAGUCGAAGUGGAGGCAGGCCACGGGGGGGUGCUGCUGCUGCAGCGGCGUGUUGGACUGUGAAGCAGCCAGGACACUUUCUGGCUUGGGAGCCUGUAAAAAAGCGUUAGUCUUGGUUGCGAACCCCAACUUGAAGCAGAAGAAGCUGCUGAUUAAGCGAAGGAGGCCUGUGGACAAUGUCCUGUGUCUAAGGAGGGGCUGCUGUGUUCCUGGCCUAAGGGAGUCCCAGGGGGUGGUGGCAGCUUGGCAUUGAACCUCUUCUGUAGAACGAACAUAGAAUAAUAAAUCCCCGUCUUCAUGUG